AUGCCGUCGCUCAAGAAAGAACAGCCUAUCCAAACUCAUCCACGAGCACCACUUCUACACUAUCGGUCUCGGCGGCUUCAUCUCAUAAUGCUCAUUGGCUUCGGUCUCUACAACUCUAAUUAUAUGAAUACCAACUUUUCACUUACUAUGACUUGCAUGGUGAACUACACAGCCGUCAAGCAAGAACAGAUGAACCAAGUAUCAUUAAGAUUUGAUAAUGAAACUGAAAUAAACAAUGGCACUCAGAAUCUAAGUGAUAAGCGUAUUGUAGACUAUGGCGGAACCUUUGUUUGGGACGGAGCUACCCAGAAUUGGUUAAUGUCGGCUGUCUAUUGGGGAGGUCCAGUUAGUAUGCUUCCUGCAAUCUUUUUGGUACAAAGAGCCUCUCCUAAACACAUGUUUGCCUUCUGUUUAGCUGUGAAGGCUUCUGUGAAUCUUUUGAUCCCCACUCUUGCGAAGAACUUUGGAGCGAGAGCUGUGUUCGCAGCUCGUUUCGCUAUCGGACUAACAGAGCCAUUCAUAUAUCCUUCCGUGAACACCAUCGCUUCAAACUGGUACCCGGCGGUGGAGAGAAGUACUGCAGUUGCUUUAUUCACUACCGGAAACCAAUUGGCAAUGUUUACCGGUAAUCCCAUCAACGCUUCCUUGUGUUCUUCACCAUUUGGUUGGUCUGCAGUUUUCUAUUUCUCAGCUAUCAUGGGAUAUUCCUGGUGUAUUCUUUGGCUCAUCUUCUCGGCAAACCACCCGGAUGAUUGCAAAGUGAUGUCAAACCUUGAAAGAAGUUAUUUGUCAGACACAACUGUUGCGAAAAUCACAGCCCUGUCCAAAAGGAAUGUGCCGGUACCAUGGAAAGCUAUAUUCACAAACCCAGCCUAUCUUUCACACUUGUUUGCCACAUACGUUAUUUCUGUAAUCGCCCCAUUAAUGAUGACUUACUUACCAAUGUACAACAAGGACGUAUUACUAUUGAGUGUUGUGAUGAACGGAUUAUAUGCUGCACUCCCAACCUUUUUCAACUUCUGCUUCAAACUAUUUUGGGGAUUCACAGUAGACAGACUGAAACAGACUGGUGUUCUAACACCCACUCAAGGUGUUAAGCUGUCUCAAUGCUAUCCAACUUUUGGUGUGGCCAUACCUUUAUUCACAGCUGUUUUGUUCGUUAACAGUGAUCGUAAGAUUCUUGCAUUGAUCCUCUUCUGCUUUGCUAAUAUGUUCCUUGGAGCACAUACCAGCGGAGCAUACACAUCACUACUAUCCUUAGCGCCUCGAUUCACACCUACACUAUCGUCAAUCAGUUGCAGUUUAUCUACUCUAUCAGCUAUAACUACACCUAUUGUAGUAGGGGAGCUUCUCAAAACAGGAAGUCCUUCGGAAUGGAAUAGUGUCCUCUUAGUGUGCGCUGUACUUUGUACAAUUUCUGGAAUUCAAUUCUUAAUAUAUGGAUCGGGUGACAUACAAGAAUUUGCUAAGGAAACUCUACCUAAAGAUCAAGAAGUAAAUGAGCAGCUCGUUAUGGAUGAAAUCCGAGCCUCAAGUAUUGCUUUGCGAACGGAGUCCAUGACACUAGCAUAA